UAUGGGUUUUAGCCCUAGGGCACCGCCUAGGCUCCGAACUUUGAGUAGUUAAGCCCAGCGGCACUGCUUCCCUCUCUGUUUCCCUCUCGCCUUUACCAAUACUCACUUCUCCUGAGAGAGGAUUCUCUCUUAUCUACUCCUCAGGAGCUAUGCCGGCCAAGGACAGCUUUCAAGGUGUUUCAAAUUGCUAUGUUUUCAAAAGUCGACUGCAGGAAUAUGCACAAAAGGUGGGACUUCCUACACCUGUAUAUGAGACUAUCAAAGAAGGGCCUUCCCAUGAGCCAACAUUUUAUUCUACGGUGAUCGUUAAAGAUGUUAGAUAUGAUUCACUUCCUGGAUUCUCUAAUCGCAAGGCAGCAGAGCAGUCAGCUGCUGAAGUAGCUCUGAUGGAGCUGUCGAAAUCUAAUGAUCUUAAUCCACAUGUCUCUCUACCUGUGCAUGAAACAGGACUAUGCAAAAAUCUGCUUCAGGAAUAUGCACAGAAGAUGAACUUUGCAAUCCCACUAUAUCAAUGCAAAAAAGAUGAUAGUUCGGGCAGAACACCCCUUUUCUCGUGUACAGUAGAGAUUGGAGGGAUCCGCUACAUUGGUGCUGCAGCGAAAACAAAGAAAGAAGCAGAAAUUAAAGCUGCAAGAACUGCUUUGUUAGCUAUCCAGUCUUGCCCGACGUCGCUGCCUGAGAAUUCUGUUAAUCAAGUUCAGCUCACUGUGAUCCCGUGCAAGAGGAAAGAAGCAGCAGAUUGCUCAGUCAAACCGAAAACUGCUGGAGCACCCCGAAUAAAGAAAGGCCGAUUCAAGAAGGUGGCGUCAAAGAAAAAAGGCCACAGAAAUGGACUGCCCAAUUUGGAGUUUAACUUUGAUAGAUCAUCCUUCGAACCUCUUGAAACUAAUGGGGUCGACCCGGUGCCAGGGUUAGGGGAAUCCGUUGAAUUAGCCAAAGAUACCGUGCUGAAUUCCGAGUAUAAAACGACAGACCUAAGCUCAAGUGGCAAUGAUGUGCUGGUCUCUAACAUCCAAAGCGACACGCCUCAGCUCCCAAAUGGUAAUUUCGGGAAUGAUCGUUUGGAUGCUUUCAGUUCCAAUCAAAUAAACUGUUCAACUUCUGAUGUUAUGAGUUUUCCUCUCCCCGACGUUCAAGCUACUUGUGGUGAAGUGGCGAAUGUGGCCACUGGAGUGACAGGUGAGCUUCACUGAUCGACCGUUCCUCUGUACCUGUGUCAUUAAGAGCAGCUUUGUGCUUGAGGGCUCUGACUUACAGGACCCGAACAAAACUACGAAAUCCUGGUUUGAGUUAUGCUUAGCUUGGUUUUGCAGUUGGUAUAAGUAGUAAAACUGAGAGAUUCAUGAGUAGAUUUAUUGAAGAUCUGAGACCAGCCAUUUUAAGGGCCAACUAUCCGAGAGCAGUUGCAGUGAUCAGAGCGUUGUGAGAUUCGCUUUUAGUAUAGAAAUCGUGCUUUGAUAUUUUCGUGGCUGUAAUUUCAUGAUAUCUAUCCUUACAAGUUAAUACCUUAGCACCCUGUCCAGUAUUAUUUAAAUCAUACCUUCUUCUGAAGCUUUUCUUUUUCCA